GAAUAAUCUAUUCUCACAGUUUUAAUUGUGAUAUUUUUUACGUAUAUUUAUUUUAUGUAAAUAAUUUUCAUUUUCAAGAUGCAAAACGUUAUCAUGGUAUAUUGUAGACUUUGUCUAUGUGUUUUUAAAUCACUAUGUACUCAGUGAAACCUGCUUCAUUCAUCAGUUUUCAUCAACAACACACAUUUUUGAAAUUUUUGCUGAUUGCUGUUAAUUAAUAUCAGAUGGCUAAAGUUACAUUACAUUUUUUUUCAAGUUUAGUGAAUAAUUUGAAGUAAAAACUAUAUGUAGUUGAUGUACUAACUGGGAAUUGUUUGUGUAGAUUUUCAAAAUGAAUACCAGAAAAAAAUGUAAACUACUCGGUGCUAUAUUUUUAAUAGUUUUUUUAUUGGACUACAUCGGAGUUUUUAAACAUAUACUAGAAAUAUCAUAUAUAAACUUUAAUUAUCCAUAUGAUGGAAAUAUUCAGCCUUUAGUUUUAGAUUUAAGACAAAACAAAAAAUCAGAUGUUCAUGUUAUAAAUGAAUAUAAUUAUCCUUAUAUUAAAAUUUCAAAUAAAUGCAUGGAAGCUGAAUCUUUGAGAAUAGUAUUUCUGGUUAAGUCUGCGAUGGGAAAUUUUAACCAGAGGACAGCUAUUCGAAACUCAUGGGGUUUUGAAAAAAGAUUUUUUGAUGUACCAAUGAAAGUUGUUUUUGUAUUAGGAGUGAAUCCAGGUGAUUCUCAGAUUCAGCAUAAAGUAAAUACUGAAUCGGCUGAGUUUCAAGAUAUAAUUCAAGCCGAUUUUAUAGACUCUUACUACAAUAAUACGAUAAAGACAAUGAUGGCGUUUAAAUGGGCAGUUGAUUAUUGUAGUAAUUCCAAGUUUUAUAUGUUUGUUGACGAUGAUUAUUAUGUAUCUGUUAAAAAUGUAUUAAGGUUCAUCAGAAACCCUACUCAAUAUCCUCAGUAUCUUAAGGAUACAACAAACUUAAAAAAUCCAAGAAAAGGUGCAAAAAGAGAUUCAAGAAAUCUACAUUUUAAUCAAAAGGAAAUCAUAUCUGACAUUAAAUCAGCCAAUGUACAUCUUCAGAUUAUCAGAAAUAAUGUAGAAGCAUCAAGAUUUAAAAGACAAAUUUUAGAUUUUGAUCUUCCUGAUGAUAUACGUUUGUUUGCUGGAUUUGUUUUCUUAUCAUCUCCUCAUAGACAUAAAUUUUCAAAAUGGUAUGUUUCAUUAGAAGAAUAUCCAUAUGAUUUAUGGCCUCCAUAUGUUACAGCUGGUAGUUAUAUUCUGUCAAAAGAAGCUUUGAUGGACAUGUAUUAUGGUAGCAUGUACACUAAACACUUUAGAUUCGAUGACAUUUAUUUAGGUUUAAUUGCAAAAAAAUUAGACAUAGAGCCAUUUCAUUGCGACGAAUUUCAUUUUUAUAAGAAAAAGUAUUUGAAAAAUAAUUAUGAAUUUGUUAUUAGUUCUCAUGGUUAUUCAGAUCCAAAUGAACUGGUAAAAGUUUGGGGAGAACAAAAAGCUAUGGGCAAUGCUUAAACAGUAUUGAAAUCAAUCUAAUUGUAUAAAUGUAAAUACUAAAUAUACACACUUAAUUUAGUGAUUUCUUU